AUGAUCGAUUUUGUGCGGUUAGAAGAUCUUAUGGACCGCAUUCUUCUGGACAUUGGCUAUUGGAACCACAUGGGUUUGCCUGUUCAGAAAUCAUCCAUUACUAUUAUGGAUGUUACGGACGUGCCCCAACAAGAAGGGAUGUUUGGAGAGUGCGAUUUCUUUAUGUUGAUGUACAUGGAGCAACUUGUUUCAGGUCGACCGAUUGGUAUAUCGACGACACCGGCUAUUGAGGCUACUCAGUUUCGCAAUAGGAUGGGCAUGAUAUAUUAUGGAUCUUCUAUGAAUGCGAUUUUUAGUUAG